GAACGAGGAAGCAGGAAGGGGAUGAUCUCUUCGCAACGAAGCCGAGAUCGUCCCCCGCCGGGUAAAUGCCUGGGGCACCACACGAUGCCAAGCACCGCCAAGGCCGGUGCCAAGGCGCAUUACAUCAUCGCGCGGCCGUCGGCAAAUUCCCCCAAAUCAAAUCUCUCCGUCCGUCGGUUCAUCCGCUGCAUCCCCAGCUUCUUGACACUCCGUCAUACCAUUUACCCAUACCAACACAAUGGCCUCAAUUAUCCCCCGUGCCGGCCUCCGCGCCUUCACCGCUCUUCCCCGGGCCACUCCCUUGACCAGGACCACUUUUGCCUCCAAGCUUCCCCGCACCCAGCCGUUCUCGCAGCCCUUCGCUCGCCGAUUCCUCGCAACCGUCCCGCAGGAGCAGCCCCGAAUCCGUCUUGGAUCGACCGCCCCCAACUUCAAGGCGACCACGACCCACGGCGAGAUCGAUUUCCACGAAUUCAUCGGCGACAGCUGGGCCAUUCUCUUCUCGCACCCGGCCGACUUCACCCCCGUCUGCACCACCGAGCUUGGCGCCUUUGCCAAACUCAAGAAUGAGUUCGACCAGCGGGGCGUUAAGAUGAUCGGGCUGAGUGCCAACGACCUCGGCUCCCACGACAAGUGGAUCGACGACAUCAACGAGGUGUCCAACACCAGCGUCCAAUUCCCCAUCAUCGCCGACGCCGACCGGAAAGUCGCCUUCCUGUACGACAUGAUCGACCAGCAGGAUCUGGAUAACAUCGCGGAGAAGGGCAUCGCGUUCACCAUUCGCUCGGUGUUCAUCAUCGAUCCCACCAAGAAGGUCCGCUUGACCAUGAUGUACCCGGCUUCGACGGGCCGCAACUCAGCGGAGGUGCUGCGCGUCAUUGAUUCGUUGCAGACCGCGGAUAAGAAGGGCAUCGCGACCCCGAUCAACUGGAAUGUCGGCGAGGAUGUGAUCGUCCCGCCGUCGGUGUCGACGGAGGAUGCGCGGAAGAAGUUCGGCGAGGUUAGAGAGUUGAAGCCGUACCUGCGGUACACUAAGCACUAGAUGUAGGAUAGAUAGCGUGUUAGAUGGUGUAUAACAGUACAGCUUUUGCUGUUUUACUUGGUCGGAUUUAUGUUGUAGUGGACUAAUGGAG